AUGCGACCUGUUCCGGACCUGCCGCCUUUCUCUCGAAAGUCCACCUUCGACCCCCCUCUCCAACCGGACCCUACUCCAGAGAACCAUGGAGACCACAAGGAGAGUAUGUAUGGGGUGCAGAGCCUAGGUGAAACACUAUCCCGGUCGGAGCUACCUGCAAGCGACCAACCGGACCUAGCCCCGAGCAAAUCGUUGCAGGAGGAUGACUUGGAAGAGUCAAAGAACGCCCCACGACGCUCAACCUUGAAGCCCUUUGACUCUGCGACUCGGGACUCGUCGAUGCGACCAUCGCUCACUGGUGCAGCAUCUCGACCAUUAAAUUCACUUCACCCUGAUGAACCAUCUUCACUGCCUAGUAGCCCCAUAUCAAUCUCCAACCAAUCACUCCGACCCCUCGACGACAUUUCGAUCACAGAUGAAAUCGGUAGCCAAAUGAUCGAGUCAGACGAAGAGGACCGGCCGGGGUUUUCGCCGCGCCUGGGGCCCCAUGCAGCCUCGCAACUUAUUAUGCCAAGCAUAAAAAUGCCCAGUCGCCGGCCCUUUACAGAGAAAGGAAAGGCCAUGGGCCGGUUCAAGAUUCUUCUGGCUGGUGCACCAGGCUCCGGUAAAACCUCUUUGAUCAAAUCCAUUGUUCAAACUUGCGAAGAUAUCGUACACGUUGAUUCACUUCCUUCGGUGGAUUCCUCUUUAGAGAGGCGCCGGUCCUCACGCCCCCACUCUGGAUCAGUCCCCACUCGCGGGGCCGCUAUGACGGAGAUCUACGCUAGUACGAAGCCCUAUCCUUCGUGGUGGUCAGACCUCGAAGACUCGCGCGUGCUGCGGCGUCGGAAGAGCAUUGGGGAGAUUGUGCUGGAGCGGAAUCUUUGCUUUGUUGACCAACCUGCUACGUCGCUGAGCCGGGCGGGUCAAACCGAUGCGGUUCUGCAGUACAUGCGACAGCAGCUCCAGCGCGCAAUAACAGCCCUUGCCGUUCCUGGUAUUGAUUUUCAGAAUCUUCUGGCAGGGAAUGGUGGCUCCCAGGUGGACGCUAUCCUAUAUUUGAUAUCACAUGACACCUUAACGACAGAUGUGCAGUGUAUUUGCAAGCUCAGCGAGCUAAGCAAUGUCAUACCGGUUAUAGCCAAGGCGGAUACUCUGUCCUCCGAGGAAGUCACGUCCCUGAAGACCAAAUUCCAUGAGCAGGCUCAGAAUGCCGGAAUCAAGCCCUUCAUGUUUGGGGACUUGCUACUCGGAGGACUCGAUGGAUUGGAACCCCAGCCCCCAUAUACCGUAUCAUCUGAGAAGACCAUUGAUAUGGAAAUCAUGGAUGCCAGUACCCUCAUGAGCCCUGAUUACGUCCAACCUCUUAGUACAUCUGAGCUCGACAUCUUGGUGCGAAAGCUGUUUAAUCGGGAUAACCUCGCUUGGAUGCGGCACUCGGCCGCCAAAAAGUUGAUGCAGCGACGCAGCGAAUUUCCUCCUAUCCCGCCAACAACGACACCGCUUCGUAAUGCGCUUUCCGGCACUACUGCAGGGUGGCGGGCCAUUUCAAGCUCGUCCAUGGAUACAUCAAUUUCAUUUGGGGAAUCUGCACCAAGUUAUGCAAUGGCACGGAUUUCAGACUACACGAAACACGAAGAAAACAUGGCCCAGGUUCGGCUGGCACACUGGGCAACAGACCUACAGCGAAGCCUCCAAAAUGAACGUGACCGAUACGCAUCACUGGCCCAAGGUGAUCGUGCUAUCUGGCUCACUGAGAGACUGAGUGAAUGCGUCGUGGAUGGUUCACUUGUGCCUAUCUCGAAAACCCCCGGUUUUUGCGGACUCCAGAUUCCCACCCAUGAAAAGGGAUCCGGUGCUUUACAUGCCUUGAAAACUCACCCGGGCCUCCCUUCAACUUACCGUGUUGCUAGUCUGAGUACCCAUGACCCUCUGGGCGUGGUUGGCUGGAUCGACGACCUCGGACGACACGGCUGGGCAAUAAUGCAAGUCGUGGGCGGCGUUGGGGUUGUAGGUGGACUAGCCUUCUGGCUUGCUCGUACAUGGGGACUUCCAUCACGCACCUUAUCUGAACUGCAAGUGGAGUACUGGUUUGGGAGUCUCGAUCGAUGA